AUGCCCGCUGCCCCGAAGGGGACACCCGUCUUUGGCCCCGCUCUCAACUUAUCCUACACUCCAAACAACAACCGCCUCAACACCGUCAAUUUCCCAUUCCCUUUCUCACUCUUCUCCCCUUCAGCGUUCGGCUGGCCGUCACCGCCGGUAUGCCAGGGAUCUAGUGUGCCCUCGCCCGAGUCGAUCGGGUUGGCGGUCGACUGGGGAGUGGCGGACGUGCUGGAUGGGGAUGAAGGAGCGGGAGGUGAAGGAGAGGGAGGUGAAGGGGCUGGGGAAGACGGAGACGGGGAGGGAGACGGAGACGAAGAAGGGGCGGAAGGUGUGGGAAUGGGGGAUGAGGGGGUUGGGGUGAAGGAGAGUGAGGAGGCUUUGGUGGAGACGGAGAUUGGGACGGAGAUAUGUGGUGGUUUUGAGACUCCUGUGGGUUUCGUCAGCGAUGUUUACUCCGACGAAGACGAGGACGACCAAGACGACGACGCAGAUAUAGUGACCGUCCGCAACGUCGUCUCCUCACCGGUGAGGGUCACAGACAAAGUCGACGUCGCCGUUCCCGCCCCCGUCGUCUCGUCAGUACAUGUCGUCGACUCGGAGGAUGGUGGUGCUGCUGCCGAGGAUGAUGACGAUGACACGGUCGACUGGGUUGGCGUGGCCGGUGCUGAUGUACUGCUCUCUGACUCGUCGCAGGUUGUUGAGGAUGAGGCUGCUGAGGACGACUCUGCCGAAGACGAGGCUGAUGAGGCAGCUGAAGACGUCGCCGCCGGUGCGGUAGAGGUCUCCUCAUCACAGGUCGUCGUUGUCCCAUCUAUCGAUGUUCCCGCCGCCGUCGUCGUCUCUGGCGCUGGCGUGCUUGUGCUCCCCGGGAUCUCAUCGGUACAAGUAGUAUCCGGGAGUGCACUGGCGGAGGUGGAGGCGCUGCUGCUGCCGGUUUGGGCAGACGAGGUGGUUUGGGAUGGAGUGGGAGCCGAGGAGGAGGUUUCGUCGGUGCAGGUGGUGGACGUCGACCCGCCGCCGCCGCCGCCGCCGCCGCCGCUCCCGCUGGUGGUGGUACUGCUGCCACCGCCACUGGUACUGGUACUGCUCCCGGGAGACGUCACAGAUGGCGCGGUAGUCGCAUCCACGGAACUCGUCGACCACCCCCCGGUACCAGACGCACCACCACCCGUCCCCGUCACCGUCACCGUCGCCGUGGCAUUUCCGGUAGGGAAUGGAGCCGAAGAGGUUAGGCUUCCAGACUCGGGAAUGCUGAUGCCGGAACUGGUGCCCGGCGCUGAUCCCGACGUUGACCCCGAAGUGGAACCUGUUCUCGUAAUCGUCCCCGUCCCAAGAGGCGCCGUCCCAAGCACUCCAGUCCCCGUGGGCCCACCACUCGCAAAAGUCGAGUUAGGAAGCGGGAACGGUACCGAUCCCGUGCUGCUUGAACUCGAACUCGGCCACGGGGUGAACGCGACCGAGGUCCCGCCACUUCCGGUUCCAGUCCCAGUCCCAGUCCCAGUUGGCCCUGACGCAGCGGUACUCGAAUUUGACAAAGGGAAGGGGACGCUCCUGGUUGGGCUAAUGGUAGGCGCGGUGCCGGUGCCAGUUCCCCAGGUUAGCGUACCACCUGUCCCGGUUCCGGUUGGUCCAACGGUAGAUGUUCUGUUGGUGAAGGGGAACGGCGGCGACGAGCUGCUUCCACCUGUGCUCAGGGGAAUAGACGAGAUGGUCCCAACACCCGUCCCGGUCCCGAAGCCAGUUCCUGUCCCCACCGCGGAGCUCGUGGCGUUGGGAAACGGAUACGGCGGUGAACUGGGGUUUCUGGUGGUGGAGAUCCCCGUCCCCGACGACGGACGCGGCGCACCUGAGAUUCCCGUGCCGGUUCCCGUUGGCCCAGCGGUAGCGCUGGAGUUGCUCCAGGGGAAGGGCGGCUGGCUGGUUCGGGAUACAAUGGAACUGGCCGGGCCUGUCCCUCCCACGCCGGUGCCGGUGCCGUGUAAUCCUGUGCCGGUAGGACCGGCGGGGAUGGAUGAGUUGCUGAUGGGGAAGGGCGCGGAGGGCGUGGCGGUGCCUGUGCUAAUACUAAAUGGUGACGUGCCUUUGGGGCUUGUGCCUGUGCCUGUGCCUGUGCCGAAGCCUGUCCCCGUGCCUUGGGAUAUCCCGGUUGAGUUGGACAACGGGAAGGGCACGGAGCUGGAUCCGGUGGGUGUGGACGAGAAGCCGGUGCCGCUGAUGGUACCGGGGGCUGAACCUGGUGUAGACCAGCCGAUGGUACCGGUCCCAGUCCCCGUUCUAGUCCCGGUCCCAGGGGGUGUUGCCGAACUGAAACUUGAGCUGGAUCCCAGAACGGUAGUAUUACUCACCGGGAAAGGCACAGAAGCCGAUGAACCGGGGGCGGGCACCGGUGUGGUCGACGGCAGAGUAUCACUCCGAGUCGGCGUGACCAGCCACGACGUGGUCGAGUGGAUCGUCCGGGUGAUGUUGUACACGCUGGUGACAGUCACGGUGCCGUUGACGAUGAGUCGUGUGGUGGGCGUGCCGAUGAUGGCGUCGACGCUGGAGGUUUCCCAUACGGGGGGUGUGGUUGAGGUGUUGCUGCUGGGAUGCGGGGCUCCUGAAACGCUGGUGCGUAUUGUUCCGGCCGAGGAUGAUGAUCCGGGGAAACCUGUGGACGUUGGGACCGGAGAGGGAGAGGAUGGCUGGGAGCUGGGUGGGACUGAGCCGAACGACGAACUUGAUCCAGACGAGCUUGAUCCAGACGAGCUUGAUCCCGACGUACUUGAGCCGGAUGAACCGGAACUGGAGGCCGAACUUGAACCUGACGAGCCGGACGAGCUUGAGCCAGGUGGGACUGAGCCGAUACUUGUCGUACCACUGCUGGAAGACGCUCCCGAUGUUGUGGACGCCGGUGGUCCUGAGCUUGUGCUUGCGGAGGACGUGCCCACGGAAGAGGUGCCCGCGGAAGAAGUACUUCCAGACGCGCUUCCAGUGGUACUCCCAGUGGCGCUCCCCGUUGUGCUGCCAGUUGAGCCUCCGGUUGAGCUUCCGGUUGAGCUCCCAACCGAGCUACCAGUUGAACUGCCAGUUGCGCUUCCAGACGUGCUGACACCAGAUGUGGCGGUCUCCGAGGAAGACCCCGAUGAAGAUCCCGAGGAGGACCCUGAAGUCGCUGAAGCCCCUGAUGACGAGCCCGAGGAGGACCCCGAGGAAGACGCCGAACCUGGUGACGACGAGGAUCCCGAAACUGACGACGAACUCUGCGAAGCCGAGUUCCCGGCUGAGGACGACGAUGACGACGACGUGAUAGCAUCUGCUGAGGUCUGUACAGAUGACGAUUCCGAUGAUGAUGAUGAUGAUGAUGAGGAACUUGACGAAGAAGCGGAGGAAGCUGUAGAAGACGCAGAAGCCGACGACGACGGGACAACCGAAGACGAUGCAGACGACGCAGAUGAAGACGCUGAAGUCGACGAAGACGAGGACGAAGAAGAAGUAGAGUCCGUCAAAGGCGGCGGAUGGUACCCAUACGGCGGAUCAUCAUCCUCGUGUUUUCUAGGCUCAAUGUUCUGGUAUUGCACCCGGCUUCCAUCCCCCGAGCUGGGGAUCGGCUUCCCCAAAGACUGUCGGAAGCCCGCCCACACUCGGUUGUGGUAA